CGUAAAAAGGACAACAAGAUAUACAUAACAAAAAUUGAUGACCAGCAUAAUUAUGCCCUUAUUAACAAUAUUGAAAUGGUUGCAACUCACUAUCGAAGACUUAUUUCUGAGAUGCAUAAUGAUAUAAAGCUUUUUGCUUCUUGUGAAGUACAUGCUAGAGCAAUUAUUAAAGUGUUGCAAAAGAAAAACUCAAAAAAAUACAUUCAUAUAUGCAAUGUAUAUAAUGCAAUUCAGAUGAAUCAAAUUCAAAAAAAGACAAUAAGUGAUGCUGAGUUAAUGUAUCUUGAGCUCAUAAAGCAUCAGCAAGCUAAUCCUACUUUUUAUGUUGAUGUGCAUUUUGAAGGCCACAAUAAUUAUUUUACGAAACUUUUCUGGAUAAGCCUGAACCAACAACAGUUGUGA